AUGAGCGGCUAUCUCUGGAAAUACUACCUCGAAGAUGAUGUCGACAACUUUCGACAUGUCCUCGCAACCCCCACGCAUACGCACCGAUCCGCAACACAGAAAAGCUUCACUGGCUGGCAGGGCGGAGGGUUUGCCACUGCAGUGAACGGGAGUCCGGGUAGCUACAAUGCAUCGCCAAUAACGAGUGCCAAGGGCCGCAAGAUGGGCAUGGGCGCGGCUGUGAACCUGAGUCGAUUCGACAUCAACAGUCGCGACGCUGCAGGAAUGACUAUCCUGCACCAUUCAGCCUCGUCCACCGCGGACAGCGCAGUAGAGUUCGCGCAAGCGCUGCUAGAACAUCCCUGGACCGACGUGUAUAUACAAGAUGCGGAGAAUGGCUGGACUGCGCUUCACAGGGCCUUUUACUUUGGCAACAUCGCCAUCGCGCGUCUCAUUCUGAACCGCGAUGCGCAGGACAUCCUCGGCCAAGGAUCCAGCGGGUUCAAUCAGCACGCGCGGGGUUUGGUCAAGAUCAAAGACAAGGAAGGAUACGGUCCUUUGGAUCUAUUCUCCAUGACCAUCAAGGACCGGACUUUGCGACCCGAAGAAGCGCCUGCUUUCGAUUCUGACUCAGACGAUGAGAUGGCUCACGGCGACAGUGGCGAUGUGGAUGACGAGAUGCGCAAGAAGUUGAUCGCACCGCCCGUACUUCUCGAGGGAGAUGAAGUGUAUACCUUUGGCAGCAACAAGAACGUCACGCUUGGUUUUGGUGAUGAGGAUGAUCGUCAGUAUCCGGAACGCAUCACUCUGCGCCGCCCAGAUCACCUCCUUCAGCGUUUUUAUAGAGAGCAUCGCGAGCGCCAAAAUCAGUAUUGGGCUGCGACAGGCGCUCCAAUGCAGGAUUCAGGGCUUCUCCAAGCGCGCAGUACUGUAGAUCUUCCUACUCACAUCCGGAAUACUCCAAUAGUCAUCCAAGACGUACGAAUGUCGAAACUGCACACCGCCGUCUUGACCACUGACCCAGUUUCCAAUCUGUACAUGUGUGGCCACGGUCCAGGUGGUCGCUUAGGCACGGGUAAUGAAACGACGAGAUAUCAAUUUACCUGCAUCGAAAGCGGCGGACUAGGUCAGAAGAAGGUGGCUGCUGUCGCGUUGGGGCAGAACCACACUUUGGCCAUUACCGAAGAAGGUGAGAUUUACUCCUGGGGUAACAAUGCGUACGGACAAUUGGGGUACGCGCUGCCGAAGCCCGCUGUAAAAGACGACGACCCGAUAUCGACUAUUCCCCGCCAGAUCUUUGGACCUCUGAAGCGAGAUGUUGUUACCGGCAUCUCCGCAUCCCGAAUACACUCAGUCGUUCACACUGCGACCUCGCUGUACACCUUUGGCAAGAAUGAGGGCCAACUCGGUAUUGUCGAUUCGGACGCACGGUCGCUUGAAAUGCAGGUCGUUCCCAGAAAAAUUGCGGCAGCACUGUUCUCCAGCCCAAUCCACUCAGUUUCGGCUAUCGACGGGGCUACAGUGUGUUUGUUGGAGAGUCGCGAAGUCUGGGUGUUUGCCAAUUACGGUUAUGCGAAACUCAGCUUUCCCUUAGACGGGUUCACCAGUAACUUCCUCAAGGAGAGCUGGUUGACUACGAAGUAUGAUACCGCACCGAACAGAAUCAGCAAGAUCACAUCAGGUGGUGACACCAUCUGUGCGCUAUCGACUUCUGGUGAGGUCUUCACGGUCGCGGUUAGUCGACGUUCAGAGGGUGCCCAGGACGCUGGCACAUCGACCACCAAUCCGAAACAAAUCAGAGGAGCACUUUCUGCACCGUUCCGCAUCUGGUCGUCGAAGAAGAGCCACAUGGCAGCAAGAGAUGUCGAUGUCGAUCAGGACGGUUCCAUCAUCCUGACUACCGAAGUCGGUAGCGUCUGGAGACGUACGAAACGCGCGACGAUCAAGAACGCAAGCAUCACUGCUGCUGUUGAAUCCAAGCCAAAAGACUACAAGUUUCAGCGUGUCUCGGGCUUGACCCGGGUUAUUGCUGUUCGUGCCUCCGCAUUUGGUGCGUAUGCCGCGAUUCGCAAGGAUUGCGACGUUACCAGAAACCAGAUAGGUGUGGAUGAGGCUGGGCUUUGGGACGACCUUGCACCUUUGCUCUCUUUCCACGACUUGACAAACUAUGAGGAGACGUCAGAUGAUGAAGAACCGACACCAAGAUUCUGGACUCGAGCUUCAGAAGCCCAAGGUCUCCGCAAGCGUGUCUUGAAGUCAAAGGACCUGGAAGCGGAGAUGACUGACAUUCUGCGAGGUUCGUCAAUGACACAAGAUCAGACAUACAAUAUGGAAGUCGGAUCGACCUUGUCCGAUGUCCGGAUACCUGUUCACGAGUUCAUCCUGACUGGGCGCAGCCGUAUACUGCGGGAUGCUCUGCUCGACUUUCGUGUCAGGGGCGCCGAAUACGUGGUGUCUGAUCUACUUACUGUCCGCGCAGAGGGCGGCAGAGUCCUGGUACUCUUCCAGGGUCUCGAUUUCCUCACCAUAUUCAAUCUGGUCCUCUACGCUUACACCGACUCCGUGAUAGACUUCUGGAACGUUACUCGGCACUAUCCUUCCUUGGCGCACAGGUAUCGCUCGGUACGAACAGAACUGAUGAAGGUCGCUUCUCGUCUCGAAAUGCGACAGCUCGAGCCUGCUGUCCGUCAAAUGGUUAAACCACGGAAAUCGUUGCAUAUGGAUAUGGAGCUCGCUAUCAAGGAGCAGUCCUUCUUCGAGAGCGGUGACGUCAUCGUUGACCUUGCCGAUGGCGAGAUGCUACUGCAUUCCGAUGUAAUUUGCCAACGUUGUCCUUUCUUCGAAGGCUUGUUCAGAGGACGUGCUGGUGGUCAGUGGCUCGCGGGAAGGCGGACGGAAGAGUCUUCACUCAUCCACAUCGAUUUGACGCAUGUUGAGACGCGUCUCUUCGAGCUCAUCGUUCGCCACCUCUACACCGACGCUGGCGAGGAGAUUUUUGAGGACGUCACGAGUGAGGAUCUGAAUGACUUGUUAGCGCUCGACGAGCUGCUCGAUCAUGUGAUGGACGUUAUGUCUGUGGCCAAUGAAUUGAUGUUGGACCGUCUGUCACAGAUUUGUCAAAGACUGAUAGGUCGCUAUGUCAAUGCUCGAAACGUCUGCUCUCUCUUGUCAGCAGUUGCACCAAGCUCAGUUGCCGAGUUCAAGGACGCAGCCCUUGAGUAUGUGUGCUUGAGUUUGGAAGCAGUCAUGCAGAAUGGCUCACUCGACGAAUUGGACGAGGACUUGCUGUUGGAGCUUAACCAGGUUGCCCAUGAAAACCAGCUCGCUUACCUACCCUUUGCAAGAAGUGGACGAGCUGAGGCUCUUCUCUUUGACCGUUAUCCCGAGCUUGCCGAAAGGAUAGAGCGAGGCAAGCGCGCCAAGGUCGAUGCGAUAGUAUUGUCGAAUAAGUAUGCGGAUGGUGACAAUCUCUCGUCCUCCUUCAGAGCUCAGAGUCUGGAAGAAGUGGCAGCUUCCCCGCUUCGCCAGCGCAACCGAAGAAGAGUAUCGAAAGAAGCUAAGAGUCCAGUGCUUUCGCCAGCACUGAAGGGUCAAGCUUCCACUCAGGACCUUAUGUUUGAGAUGUCAGAUGGGGAGGGCGAUGAAGAUGUGCCGAGGAAGAUCAAGCCUCCGCGGUUCACAGAGCAGAUUGGGGAGGAGAAGGCGGUGGAGACGCCAGUCGGAUCUCCUGAGACACCCUGGGGCACGAUUUCACGACCAUCACCACAUACGUUUGAUAAAGGAGGAGACAUACCACUGAAGUCUGUCAGUCCUCUUCCUCCGCCAGCUGUCAAGGAGACCAGACUACCUGGCCAGCCAUGGGGUACUACACCGCUUGCAGGUCCUAAGCUAGAUCUCAAGGACAUCAUGGCUCAAGACUCUUCGGCUACACCAUCGAACUUGUCGCUAGGUCUUUCACGAGGCGAAAGCGAGCGAGUUGCGAAGGCUGCCAGUGCCAAGUUAAGUCAGAAGGAGCGCAAGCGUUUACUUCAAGCCCAGCAACUCGGCACACCUAUUGCAAAGCCAGAGCCUGUUCCACCAGCUGUAUCUCCUUGGACAGCAGCCGCGCAUCGUAAACCAAGCAACAGUCCUGUCGUGACCCCAGUGGUGGUGCCGUCGCCGCCAUCGAAGCCGUCGCCUCAGCCUUCGCGCGCAUCAAGCACCCCUCAGCUCACCAUGCGACAGACUGUUGCAAAGAAAGGCGCUGUAUCAAAGCAAAAGGACAAGCGAGCCGCUUCGCAGAGCCAGGACGCAAACGGCGCUGGGUCACCCUCGCAACCCCGGCCCGCUGCUUCUGAAAGAGGCAUGUCCGUCUCCACCGACCCCAUCCCAACCCCCCGAUCAGUCCGCCAUAUCCCCCUACCACAACACUCCUCAACCUCACCCAGCCAACACCUCAGCAUGAUGGAAAUCCUUUCCCUGCAAGAAGCAGAAAAGACAUCAAUCCGCGACGCAGCAGCCAAGCGCAGUCUUCAAGAGAUCCAACAAGAACAAGAGUUUCAACAAUGGUGGGAUCAAGAAAGCAGACGUGUUAUUGAAGAAGAGGAACAAACGAAGAAGCUCGUCGAUAAACUCUCAAAGGGUGCUGGCCGUGGACGAGGUAAAGGUCGUGGUGGUCGAGGUGGCAAGGCGAAGAGUCAGGAUAAGGACAAGAAGGACGGUGUCGAGGAUGCUGAUCGGGGGAAAGGGAAGGGUGACGGUAGUGCUGGGCCAGCUGAAAAGGAGAAUGCGCCACCAAAGGCGGGCCCGAAACAGGAUGCUGGUGGUCGCGCACCUGGUCGCGAUAAUGCGGCUAGAGGCGGUCGUGGUAAAAUCGGUCGCGGUGGUCGAGGUGGCGCAAGGGGUGGGCGUUCACAGGGGCCACCGAGAGAUAGCACCGCUCCAUCUGCAACGCAAGCACAGGCUUCUGUUUCGCGGACGUGA